AUGGGCGGAAACGCAAGUAAAGUCACAGCCCAGGACAAGGCCAUCCUGGACAUGAAGAAUCAGCGCGAUAGACUUCACCAAUACCAACGGCGCAUAACAGUCCUCACGGAUAAAGAGACCGAUAUCGCAAAGCAGAUGCUGGCCAAGGGCGACAAGAAGCGAGCCCUGCUAGCCCUGCGGCGCAAGAAAUAUCAAGAGUCGCUACUAGCCAAGACAGAUGCGCAAUUAGCUCAGCUGGAGAAAUUGACGAACGAUGUCGAGUUUGCGCUUAUACAGAAGGACGUGGUGUUUGGGCUGCAGCAGGGAACCAAGGUGCUUAAGGAGAUUCAUGCUGAGAUGGGUGGGAUUGAGAAUGUGGAGAAGUUGAUGGGCGAGACGGCGGAGGCUAUUGCAUAUCAACAGGAAGUCAGCGAUAUGCUUGGAGGUCGUAUCUCGAACCAAGACGAGCAAGAGGUGGAAGACGAACUGGAAGCUCUCGAAGCCGAACUCACAGGCCCAGCCAAACUACCCUCGGUCCCCGUGGCGAAUCUACCAGAAGUACAGAAGAAUCCAGAAGUCGAGGCCCAAGCCGAGAAAGCGAAGCAACCAGCCAUGCUUGCAGCAUAG